CACCACGCUGCUGCGCAUUCCCUGGGUCAGUUUUCGAGCUGCUCUCACCUCGCCUUCGCAGCUCACCUACUCGUGUCGUCUUAGUCUACUCCUUCAUACAUACUCCUCCGUAUCUCCACUGGGGACUGGGACAUAGAGCAUUGCGGGCGCACCUUGCUGCCUAGUACCAAUGGCUGCUCUCGCUCCCACCUCCUCCCUGUGUCAUUCCAUUGUCUCCUCUACUGACGCGAAAUUUCCAUCCUCAGUGCGCGCCAAUGCGCGCCUCGCCGCUAGACAACCUUCCACCAUCCUCCCCGCACUUUCCGCGUCCCCUCACCUAUCAUCCUCCGCAUCUCUCAACCUCUCCUCCCGGCUAAUCCCCACACGCCCCUUCGAUCACGGCCGCCAAUCCACCCAUUCCCGCGUCGCAGUAAUCUCCGCCGCAGCCGCGAGCGACACCCCCAAAGUAUCGCCGUCGUCGCCGUCGUCGUCGUCGAAGCCGCUAGAGCGUGUGCUCGUCGUCGGCGCGUCCGGCGGCGUUGGGCAGCUCUGCGUCGCCUCCCUCCUAUCGAAGAGCCUCCCCGUGCGCGCGCUGGUUCGCAGUGUGGAAAAGGCCGAGGCGCUCUUCGCGGACGCGCCGGCGGAUUUGAUUCAGAUCGUCUCUGCGGACCUCCGCCAGCCUGGCACCAUUUCCCCCGCGCUCUUCACCGGGGUCUCCGCGGUUAUAGUGUGUGUUGGGACGACCGCUUUCCCCUCCAAGCGAUGGGAUGGAGACAACGGGCCAGAACAGACGGACUACAUCGGAGUGAAGAAUCUCCUAGCAGCCCUCCCCAGCACCCUCUCUCGCAUCAUCUUUGUCUCAUCCGCCGGCGUCGAGCGCUACAACCAGCUGCCCUACAACAUCCUCAACCUCUUCGGGGUGCUCAAGUACAAGAAAAUGGCCGAAGACCUCGUGAAAUCCUCGGGCAUUCCAUACACUAUCCUGCGCCCGGGCCGGCUGACAGACGGGCCCUACACCAGCUACGACCUGAACACUCUCCUCAAGGCGACGGCCGGGAUGAGAAAAGCUGUGGAGGUGAGGAGAGGGAGCGAUACCCUUUCAGGGGAGACUAGCAGGGUAACGUUGGCAGAGUGCUGUGUGCAGGCGCUGGGGGUGAAAGAGGCCGAGAAUGAGGUGUUUGAGUUGCUUUCCGUGGAAGGGGAGGGGCCGGGGAGUGAUGAGGGCGCGUGGGAAAAGAUUCUUGCCUCUGCUCCUGCUGGGAAGUGAAUGGGGUAGGAGACUAUUUCCCAGUAGGGGGUAGUAUUGGCAGAGAGCUGUGUGAAGGCGCUGAGGAUGAAAGGGGCCGAGAAUGAGAUGUUUGAGAUACCAGGGAGAGAUGAGAGUGCGUGGUCGAGGAAGACUCUUGCCCGUCCUCCUAGGAGGAAGUGGAAGUAGCUCGUUUCACUUAGAUGGAUUAUAACUGUACUGGGAACGCAGCUGAAGUUGUAACUAGUAAAUGUCACGGGAAGGGAAGGACCCUGGCCUGGAUGGAGAUAGCUGUAGGUGGAGGUGAAUCUGCCUGGUGGAUGGCCAGGCAGAAAGCUUUGGUGAAAAGUGAGACCACGUGCUGGGAAGA